AAGAUGAAGUCAUGCGUGUUGAGUUUCCGCCCGCACCCUGCGGGAGGGACGCGCCUUCAGCGUCAUUAACGCUGUAAUGGGCUCAGUGUGAGAACAGGUGAAUACAGGUGAUUAGUGUGAGAACAGGUGAUCCGUUUGAUUCUCAGCUCCACUUCCUCAUCAUCAUCAUCUUCCUCAUCGUCUCACAGCUCUGCGGUCAUGAAGGACGAGGCUGGACAGGAGGAGGAUCAUUUCUCCCGCGAUCAUCUAUAUGAGGAUUACAGGAGCUGCUACCUGCGGCUCGGUGCUGAGGUCCGGCCCUGUCGGGACCCCCGGCUCCUGAAGAGGGCGGCCCGGUUCCUGCUGAGGAGCCCCGACCUGAGAGCCACUUUCACGGUGUUCCCCUUCUCCCAGGCUGUGGCGGAGAGAUGGGCUGAAGGCACCGACAGCAGGAAACACCUGAUGGGCUUCAUCAAAGCAACAGAGAUGCUGGAGACCCUCUGCAUCAACAUGUUCCUGCAGCCCUGGAAGAAGGAGAUCAGGUCCCUUAAGACGUUUACAGGAGCCUUUGUUUACUGUCUGCUGCCGGUUCUCAGCUGUUCCACCAUUCAGGCCAUCUUGGCCUCCAUUGGCUACCUGCCCAACAGCGACGCCGAGCAGAGUGAGUUCACACUGAGUGCUGGUCCCGAUGCGGACCGAGCUUUGCUGCUGGGAUUCGAACUGCUGCUGGCCAGAGUGGAAUGUUCUCAUCUGCUGGACCUACUGGUGGAGCACCAACUGGGACCACAGGAAGCUUUGCGUUUAGAGGCCAGGCCUCCCUCAGUCCCCCAGCCUAAGCCUCGCCGGUAUAGCCUCAGCAACAUGGACCAUUCGGUUAUGGAUCUGCAGAGGACGUACCCGGACCUGGCCUUCAGGGGUCGCCCUCUGCUCGCAGAGCAACCUCAGAAAGCUGCUGUGGCCGACUGUGUAGCUGAUGGUACCACUGAGCAUUUAAAAACAAAGCUGAUGGAGAAUAAAGCACUGACUGGAUGUGACGGUUAUAAGGACAGAACCAGUGCGGGGGUCAGUGACCCAUCAGAAACCAGCUUUAGGAACUCUGACGAAUCCAGAUUGGAUGAUGAUCACCUCAGUGGUCCUCAAGCCAUUUCCCUUCAUAUCACACUGAGGAAAGGACCCAAAGUGGAGCCGAGCUUGGAUCUAGGAAAGAUGCCCCCCCUCACAGAGGCGUCUGAUGGAAAGCAGAAAUCAGCCAGAGAUGAUGUGACGGCUGAUCCAUCGGAGUCUCCAUCCUUCAGCUCGAUUGAUGAAGAGCAACAGCUGAGGGAGCUAGCAGAGAGGAUGGGACAGGGAGCGACAGAGGUGAAGGGAAAAACCACUGGCCCAACGGAGACGGGAACAUGUGUGGAAGAACAAAACCAGGAGAACAAACGGUGAAAGAGGAUCGGCAAAGAAAGUCUAAGGCCUAAAGUGAAAUUUUUUUCCUGAAAUAUUGAUCCAUCUCUUGGUUUCCUUUUCCUAAACUUUGGCUUGGUGUUAAAGCAGAAUGACGGGACGUUUUUUCUCAGGCCACUGGAGCCGACCAAUUAGAUCAAUCUGGGCUUUGAGAAGAAUGAAACGUUGAGAUUAACAUUUAUUUUCAUGCUAAUUGUCUUAUGCUAGGAGGCUUUCAUUAUUUCAGUAACUUUUUGCUAAAAUGAUGUCAUUGACACAAUAAAAGGGACCUUUUUUUUUUUUUUAAUUAUGGUUUAUUAUGGUGGUCUGCACUGAGAUUGGGAUUAAAGACCGGUGGUCCUGCUGACAUCCAGAUACAAACCACCUAAUUAAA